AGCAAGAUAAGCAAGCAGCGACCGAGUCAGCAGCAAUGGCGGACCUCGCCGUCGGCCUGGCCAAAUCGGUGGUGGAGGGGGCGCUGACCAAGGCGCAGUCGGCCAUCGAGGAGGACUCCAGGCUCCGGCAGAGCGCGCAGCGGGACCUGGUGUUCAUCACCGGCGAGUUCCAAAUGAUGCAGUCCUUUCUGAAGCUCGCCGACGACGAGCGCACGCGGAACAUCGUGGUGCGGACCUGGGUGCGGCAGAUCCGGGAGCUCGCCUACGACGUGGAGGACUGCAUCGAGUUCGUCCUCCACCUCGACAAGAAGUCCCAGUGGUGGCGCCGCAUGCUCCCGUCCUUCAUCGCGGCAGCGACCCAGCCGCUCGACGAGGCCAUCGCCGAGAUACGGCAGCUCAAGGCCCGGGUCGAGGAUGUGAGCUCCAGGAACGCGCGCUACAGCCUCAUCAGCGACUCCGGCUCCAAGCCCGCCGUCGUGCAGCAGCAGCCACCCGCGGCGGCGCGCGCCGCCAUGGGAGCCGCGGCGUUCAGCAUGCUCGUCGAGGCCACGGACAUCGCCAAAUGGCAGCAUGGGGAUCUCACCCAGCUCAUCACCAAGAAAGACGACGGUCUCCAGGUAAUCUCGGUGUGGGGGACGGGCGGCGAUCUCGGCACGCUAUCCAUCAUCAGAAAGGCGUACGAGGAUCCAGAAAUUAGCCAAAACUUCAGCUGCCGUGCCUGGGUGAAGCUCACGCAUCCUUUCAGCCCCCUGCAGUUCAUCCGGAGCUUGAAGGUUCAGUUCUAUGCAAACUCUUGCAAAGAACCUGGAUCGAGCAACCGUGUAGGAGUACUGAAGAUGAUGGAGGCCACUCAAGACGAUCUGGAAACAUUCAUGAAGGAUCUCGACAGCAAGAAGUACAUCAUCGUCUUAGAAGAUGUGUCCACCAUUGUAGAUUGGGAUGCUAUCAGAAUGUUCAUUCCCAGCAACAAAGGCAGCUGUAUCAUUGUGUCGACGCAGCAAUCCGAAAUAGCAAGCGUCUGCGUGGGGCACACAUAUCAAGUAUUGGAGCUGAAGCAGUUCUCCACCGAUCACUCGGUUUAUGCCUUCAGAGAGGGAUCUCAAGGUGAGAAAGAGAAAGACAAAGAGGUACCAGCAGAGCAUGGAGUGAGAGCUGACACAGUUCUCACCUCUGAAAACAAUGCAACCCCUGCCUGGAUGAUGAACUACUCUAUCACUGGACGUGAGUCAGAAAUGAAAGAGCUUUGUGAAUAUGCAACCAGGGCACGCUUAGAAUCUUUGCAGGUUAUAUCUGUCUGGGGGAUAGCUGGCGUUGGAAAAUCAGCUCUUCUAAAACAAUUCUUCUGCGAGAGAUUUCUUUCUAAUCUACAUGAGAAGUGUCGCUGGGUGGAAGUAUCCCAUCCAUUCAAUUUAAGGGACUUCUCUCGGAGUUUACUUCUGGAUUUUCAUUCUAAAUCACUUCAAGCCCAGGAGGCUGCACGCCAUGGAACAAUAAGAUUCAAAAACCCUAUUCAAGAGUGUCGUGAUCUUCUGGAACAGCAUAAUUGCCUCGUCAUUAUUGAUGAUCUCCAGUCCAAGGAAGAAUGGGACUUGAUAAAAGCUGCCUUGUUGUCUAGAUCCUCUAAAAGUAUUAUCAUUGUUAUUACAACUGAUGCAAGCAUCGCCACAUGUUGCGCAGAUAAGGAAGAUCUUGUGUUUAAUGUCAAGGGUCUUAAAGCAGAUGCAGCCAUUAAGCUCUUCCACCAAGAGGUGCGAAAGAAGAACCCAUUGUCCCCUUUGAUGGAUCUCAGGGUAGAAGAGGCAGCAAAGCUAGAUGAACUUAUUCUCAAGUGUGGCGGGCUUCCAGAAGUAAUAGUUGCAAUUGCUGGUGUAUUGGCCAAGAAAACAGUCACACUAAUGGAUACUGUGGAUUCUACCAAUCUCAGAUUCAUGCACACACUGGAAACCAACCCAGAGUAUGACAGUCUGCGGGGCCUGUUCAGUUGGAUGUAUUCCUACUUCCGUAGUUGCCCAGAUUCCCUCAAGCCGUGCAUCUUCUAUAUGUCGCUUUUCCCCCGAGAUCAGAACACUCGGCGGAGACGUGUGGUGAGGCGGUGGGUUGCAGAGGGCUACUGUCGGGACACUGAAGACAAAUCAGCAGAGCAAAAUGGGGAGGUGUUCUUCUCCAAUCUCCUCGAUCUGAGCAUAAUCCAGCAACCACCACAGCUAGUCACCACCACCACAUUGGGUGACACAAGGAUGAUCUCAUGCCGUGUCAAUGGCUUCAUCCGUGAAUACAUUGUCUCACGGCGGAUGGAGGAGAACCUUGUCUUUGAGCUGGAGGGCAGCUGCAAUGUGACCACCCAAAGGACCGGUCGCCACCUCAUCAUAAGGGAUAGCUGGGACAGGGACAAGAUUGUGUUUCAGAGCAUGGACUUCUCGAGGCUACGAUCAUUGACUGUGUUUGGGAAUUGGAAACAAUUCUUCGUCUCCGAAAGCAUGAAGCUUCUUCGGGUGCUUGAUCUAGAGGAUGCAUCUGGCGUAGAGGAUGCUGAUCUCGAGGAGAUGCUGAAGCAACUACAUCGUCUCAAGUUCAUCUCACUGCGUGGAUGUAGUGAGAUCCACCGUUUGCCAAGUUCAUUUGCUCAUCUGCAGCAACUCCAGACUCUCGAUAUCAGGGGCACCUCUAUUGGGAAGCUGCCAAGGAGCAUCACCAGGCUGCAAAAGUUGCAGUACAUCCGUGCCGGCACCUCCGUUCAGGCAGAGCAAUCAUCAACAUCAUGUAUUUCAGUAACCAAAUUUUGCGGACCUUGCCACCAAGUUGGUGUUAUUGUGCCCGGAGGGAUUGACAAACUGACAGCAUUGCACACGUUUGGUGUUGUCAAUAUCGGAGCAUCAGGUGGGAAUGUAAUCCUAAAAGAGCUCAAAGAUCUGACCCAGUUGCGCAAGCUUGGAGUGUCCGGCAUCAACAGGAGAAACAGCAAGACGUUUUUCUCUGCAAUCUCAGGUCAUGUCCAUUUGGAAUCCUUGUCAGUGCAGCUGGACAAGGACAGUCGAGGUUGUUUGGCUGGCAUAUUGCUGCCUUUGAAGACAUUGCAGAGUCUCAAACUGCAUGGGCCUGUCGAGAAGUUGCCAGUUUUAGAGAUCAGCCAGGAUAGCAAGCUGACAAAAUUGGAUUUGGAGAUGACCCUAUUGACAGAGACUGACAUAGAGCUCAUUCACAGUCUACCCAAAUUAUGCAUUCUUCGUAUCAAGCAGCUCCAAAAUAGCAAGCUUGAUUUUUGUGUCGAAAAGAAUGGCCUUGAGUUGCACACUUAUGAAAAGGUCAAGGUCCUCGAGAUUGCUUUCAGCUCCAACUUAGAUGUUACUUUUGGAGCAAACACAAUGAGAAGUCUUGAGCUGCUGAAGGCUCACUGCUGCAAUGGGUCUUCGGUGAAGUUCUCCGGCCUGGAGAAACUAUCUCAACUGAAGGAAGUCUUGCUGAAGGGUUGCUGUGACGACAAGCUGAAGGAAGAGCUGCAGAUCCAACUCAACGGUCAUCUAAAGAAACCGACUCUGAAGCUGGAGGCAUAACCACGUUCGUCCUGAUGGUCAUGGAUACUGAUCUCUGAAUGGACAUUGUCUCUGUUAAUUUUUCUUACCUUUUCUUCUCACUCUUUUUCCAUCCUGAGUUCAACUUAGCAUGUACUGCAACCGAGGACGUAUCCUAUGCACCUGUCUAUUUGGUGAAACCUGUGCACCAACCUACAAAAUACAUGCAAAUAUACUGUAAAAAAUAUGUUUAUGGAGGUAGAUACAUCAUAGAUCUACAAUGCCACAAAAUUUCGAUUUCAAGAUCCACGCACA